GAACUGAUUUAUGAAAAGUGAAUAAGAUUGAGUUAAUCUAUUGCAACUAUCUCAGACAAGUGAUAUCCCACCUUAUUCUUUACUAUUCCUUCCAUACGUCAGAAGAAUAUGAAUCGGUGUUAUGCCUUACGUCCCGUAUACACAGACAAUCAUGUAUACAAGUCUACAACGAAUCCGAAUAUUGUUUCAUUAGUUAAACUGUCCUUUAUACGAAUUAGUUCUCGCUAGCAUUUAAGCUCGGCGAGGAUGAGUGCUAAUUGAAAGAAUAGCAAUGUGAUGUAACUUUGUAUUGUAUAUAUAAGUGGUAGUAGGUCAUCGAUAAUCACGCGCAAAAAGAUAUUGUAUUUUAUAUAUGUAUAUGUUUUUUUUUUUCUUUUAAUAUAUUUUAUUUAAAAGUGUUUUUCAUUAAUCGGAUUAUUACUGUUCGAUACAUUUUACUGAAAGUUCAGAUCAUGAAAUGAACAGGCAAAGGCGCAGCAAACAAUUUAGUGUCCGGUGUGCACCCAUCCUGUGUCCCGAUAAGCUGACAAUUAUACAUAAAUGCAAGUGUCCCCACCAAAGCAACUCGAACUAGCUUCAUCAAACGAUCUGACUAGCAAGCUAUCAAGCUAGCUAUCCAUCAGUGAAUCAGUCAUUGACUUGUCAACGUAAGUCAUUACCGAAGAUACUCGCGUACCGACGUGCAUGGGUAACUCAAGUACUACAUAUAGUAUACUCUACAGUUUUUUAUUUAUAUUCUGAAUGUAGACCAAUGAUAUUAUAGUAUUUGCUUUCAUCAUUUAUCAUUGGAUGCAUAGCUGUCGAGAAAAAUGUAUGAUAGUGGAGAAGGAGUACAAGUUGAUGAAAAGGGGAUAAUUUUUGUUAGUGGAUUUAAAGUUUUGUUAAGUUCAUCAUUCAGCAUCAUUUGUUUCUCGAUUGAGAGUUGAAAGCAAGAGCUAGUGAAUUUUAACCAACUCUUAAAUUAUAAAAUAAAUUAUGGAUAAUAUUGGACAAAAUUUACGAUCUUUUGAAGAUACGACACGAAGCCGACGAGUUUCUAUAAGUGAUCAAGUUAUUGGUAUUGAUAAUCCAAUAUUUGAUCAUCAUAGACAAAUCAGUGUAAGCUCUGAUCAUAAUUCAGACUGUCAAAAGAAAAAAUCUAUACUUCAUCACAGUAGUGUUGAAAAUCUCCAACACAAAUUGGAUCUUGAUAAUGGGCAUACCAAUAAUCAAAUCAGGAAAAAAUCAGCAAUGAGUUUGUCAAGUUCAAUUAGAGAUAAAAUUGAAUACACCGAAGAGCUAAAAAGCCCAUGCUUUUCUAGGUCAUGGCUGUACCUAUUUUGCACAAGGUGUCACGGUAAAGACGAUACACCGUCCUGGGAACCACCAGGUUGGCGGCGAGCGUGUCCACGUCCAUUUUGCCCGUCUUUUAGAAAAUUUGCAAGAAUUCUCUGUCUUGUUCUUCUGGGCUUAAUGAUUUGGGGAGUAACUUAUUCAGUAAUAGGUGCAGAUGCUGCUCCAGGUGGUCCAUUAUUUGGACUCGCAACUUUAGCAAUUGCAGCACACUUUGGAGGUUGGUUAUUUUCUCUUACAACACUACCAGCUCUCAUUGGAAUGCUUCUAACGGGUUUUGUUAUGCAAAAUACUGGUCUUGUAUAUAUUGAAGGAAGAUACUCGGAGGUUAUUGCGAAUCUUCGAAAAGUCGCGUUAGUCAUAAUAUUAAUUCGAGCUGGCCUCGACCUGGAUCCAAAUGCCCUCAAGAGACAAAAAAUAACGUUGCCAAAGAUAGGGUUGAUACCUUGGACAGUGGAAGCUACGUUAGUUGCAGUCACAACAAGAUAUCUUCUCGACUUACCCUGGAUAUGGACUUUUUUAAUUGGAAGCAUUGUUGCAGCAGUAUCACCAGCUGUCGUUGUUCCAUGCCUUUUUAGACUUCGAAGAAAGGGUUACGGCGUUGCAAAAGGGAUCCCAACUCUUAUAAUUGCAAUAGCAGGUAUCGAUGACGCUGCGUCAGUUGCAAUUUUUGGUAUUAUAAAAAGUGUCCUGUUCUCUCAUGACUCUUUGUGGUAUCAAAUUCUUCAGGGACCAAUUUCAAUAAUUGGAGGUCUUGGAUUUGGUAUUCUUUGGGGUUAUCUUUCCAAAUAUGUUCCAGAAAAAGGAGACCCUUACAAGAUACCGUUGAGAGUUCUUAUGUUAUUAUUUGGUGGACUGAUAUCUGUUUUUGGAAGUGAAGCAAUAGAAUUAGGAGGUGCAGGUCCACUUGCUGUAGUUGCAGCUGCUUUUGUUAGUUGCUACUUUUGGCAGGAAGAGGGAUGGGACGUCGAAGAUAAUCCGGUGGCAAUAGCGUUCGAAAUAUUUUGGAUGAUAUUUGAACCAAUCUUAUUUGGUAUAACCGGAACGCAAAUCAAAAUAGAUGAGCUAGAAGGUGAAACUAUUUACUUGAGUGUCGGUUGUCUUUUAAUAGCAAUAAUUUUGAGAAUUGUUGUAACAUUCGUAGUGAGCUUUAAAUCAAAGGUUAAUAACAAAGAAAAGAUAUUUAUUGCUUUAGCUUGCAUGGCUAAAGCAACCGUUCAAGCAGCUUUAGGGCCAGUAGCUUUAGACUUUGUAAAAAAGGAUGAUAUUGAGCAAAAACGUUAUGCAGAAACAACUCUUACUUUUUGUAUUCUUUCGAUACUUUUAACUGCACCGACUGGCGCUAUUAUUAUUUCAUUAGCUGGUCCUAAGCUUCUUACGAAAACAACAACUCCUGCAGAACCGCAAGAAGGUUGGAGGUCACGAAAGCCUUCUAUCAGAGAUAUUUCUAUCAUCAAUGAAGAUCCGGAUCUUGAGGAAAACUCUGUGAAUAAUCAUUGAAUUAAAUCAAGUACUUGUGAUCAUUUUUAUUUAUUUAUUAUAUCACUACAGCUGAUUGCCGAGUAUUAUAUUUUAUAUUUAUAAAAUUUGUACAUACAAUAAAAUAACGAAUAAGGUAAAA